UCGCACGCAGCUCCCGGCACCCCAGCCCGAGGGUCGGCGCCCCCGCCAUGCGCCCCCGGGCCCCUCCCCGGACACCUGGGAGCAAAGCGCUGGUCCGGUUGGCGCUGCCCUCUGUGCCCCCCGCAGCCCGGUGUGUCUCCUCACAGGGGGUGCUGGGCGUGCAGCUGGUCGGGACUCUGCUGGCCGCCACCCUCCUGCACCGACUGGCUCCACACUGCUCCUUCGCCCGCUGGCUGCUCUGCAAUGGCAGUCUGUACAGGUACAAGCACCCCUCGGAGGAAGAGCUCCGGGCCCUGGCCGCCCCGCAGAGACCCCGAGGCCGGAGGGAGCGGUGGGCCAACGGCUGCGGUGAGGACCGGCCUCUGUGGGUGCCCAGGGACGCGCCCUUCCAGCUGCAGACCUGCCCGCUCACGGCGGUGGACGCCCUGGUGCUGCGCUUCUUCGCGGAGUACCAGUGGUUCCUGGACUUCGCCGUGUACGCGGCCGCCUUGUUCGUGCUCACCGAGGGCUACUACCACCUGCUGGCCCCCUGCGAGCCCAACAUCGCCGUGUUCUGGGGGCUGCUGGCCGUCGCCUUCUCUGCCAAGGUGCUGAUGACCAUCACGCGGUUGUACUUCGGGGCCGGCGCCAGCGGCGAGCGCUCCGUGUGCCUGGCCUUCGCCUUGCUCUCGCUGCUGCUGGCGAUGCUGGUGCAGGCCCUGCCCGAGGCCACCCUGGAGCUGGGCCUGGAGCCGGGACUGGCCAGCCUGACCGAGACGCUGGAGCCCCUCCUCAGGCCACAGGGCUGGGACUGGGCGGUGCCAGUGGUGCGGCUGGCAGUGCGGGCAGGGCUGGCGGCCGUGGGCUCCUUGCUGGGCGCCGGGCUGGUCUUCCCUGGCCUGCGACUGGCACAGACACACCGGGACUCGCUGGCCAUGGCUGAGGGCCGGCCGCUGCUGCAGCUGCUCCUGCACGCCGGCUUCCUAUCGCCGCUGCUCGUCCUGUGGUUCUGGGUCAAGCCUAUCGCGCGGGACCUGCUGCUCCAGCCUCGCCCUGCGGGGGCCCUGCUGUCGGACGCGGCCUUCGACUCCCUGCGGCUGUGGGCGCUGGUGGCGCUGGUGGCGCUGCGCCUGGCGGGGACGCGGCCGCACCUGCAGGCCUACCUGUGCCUGGCCAGGGCGCGCGUGGAGCAGCUGCGGCGGGAGGCCGGCCGCAUCGAGGCGCGCGAGGUCCAGCGGCGGGUGGUGCGCGUGUACUGCUACGUGACGGUGGUGAGCCUGCAGUACCUGACGCCGCUGGUGCUCACGCUGCACUGCGCGCUGCUGCUCAAGGUGCUGGGCGGCUACUCAUGGGGCCUGGGCCCCGCAGCGCCCCUGCCGCCCCCGCCCGCCCACCCCCAGGGCCCGGCGGAGGACGAGGCCCAGCAGACGGCGGCGCGCAUUGCGGGGGCACUGGGGGGGCUGCUGUCGCCACUACUGCUGCGCGGCCUGCUGUCCUUCCUGCUGUGGUGGACGGCCGCCUGCCAGGGGAUAGCUGCUUCAGUGUGGGGGCACCGGCCGCCUCAGUUUCCUCCAGUAGCACAGCAGCCUGCUCCCCAGAACUGUGCCCUUCACCGCAGUGCCUGAGCCAUGGACCUGGAAGCCGCCCCGGCUGGGAGGGGACAGGUCCUGCAUCUGAAUAAAGACAGUUUUUUACACAAA